CAACAACUCAAGUUGUGAUAUCAGUUGUAACUCUCAUGGGAAAAUAUAUAUAAUUCAACAUAUUAUUUUGUGUGAGAAUAAUUAACGACACAUUAAUCAAAUUAUUGAACUUUACAGCGUUUCUUAAGCAAUAUAAGAUAUUACAUUUUUCUGUCUUUUCUAUUGAAAAAAAUACAGUGGCAAUUUUAACAAACUUUAAUAGAAUUUGAACAUUUAUAAAGUGGUAAAUAUAAACUCUAUACUAAUAAAACUCAACAAUUAAUAAUGGAAGCAAUUAUAAAUCCACUAGAAGCUGUAAAACUUAUACCAAUCUUCAAUUACAUUAAUAUACUUAGCGAUUUUUUAUACUUUGAACAUUACCUUGAAGAAAUCGAUCAAAAUAAACAGAUACCAAUUGUUAAUGCACUUUAUGAAUAUUUAGAUGACCAUCAGAAUAAUAAAUUCAAGAAGGCUGAAUUAAUUAGAGCUUUAUUACAAGGAAGUGAUAUGUAUGGAGCAAACAUCGGCGAACAUGUUGAUGUCACUUUUGUUAAUGUGAUGUUCGACUAUAUUAUUAGUUCUCUUGUAUUUGACAAGUAUGGUAAUAUUUAUGGGUUUUUGGCAGAUGUAUUUUGUAAAGUAGAAAAUUUACAAUUUGAAAAAGUAUUAAAUAUAAUAAGGAUAAAUCUUCAAAAUGCAUCUUUUGACAAUGAAUAUGGCAGUAGUUCGACUCUCAGUGAUUUAUCAGUGGCAAGAAUAUACAACGACAUAAUAUUACCUCUCUUUCCUCAACCAAAUGAUAGUCUUAAUUUAUUGUCUCUUGAUUACAUUUAUGCACAAGCUGGUUCAAUGUUUCUACGAGCAGGUAGAAUAAAUUCUAACAAUUACAUAAAUUUUGAAAGCAAUACUACAUAUCUGACUGAGGAUAAUUUAUUUAACGAAUACCUAGUAAUAGGACAUGUAAUUGAAAGCUUCAUAUUAACUGAUGAGAAAAAUGUUGAUAUGUUAAAAGCUUUUGCUCUUCCAGCUCUUACGUAUUCCAUUUUCAAUUACAAACAUUUAUUUGCCAAUGAUAAUACGGCAAAUUUAAUAUCCGAUUCAACUUUCUGGCAUUCGGCUUAUGUUUAUUUAUUUCAAUAUACAACUGCAUGUUUUGAUGCUAUUGAAGAUAAGUUGAAAAAUGACUACACAUUAAAAAUAUAUAGUGCACUUCUUAGAUUUCAAAGUUGUUCUGCGUUUGCUAAUGAUAUCAUUGAGCAUCAUUGUCCUAAAUUAGACAUACAGGAAAGAAUUUUUAAAUUUCUUUUUUUUUCGUAUUAUCCUUUUCCCUUUCGAUGUAAAAUUGAUGAAUCUCUACUAAAUCCAAAAGAGUAUUUUAAAAAUCAAAUGAAUAAUAUCACAGAAUUAUAUGAAACAUUCGAAUUGCAAUUAGUUCAAAAUAAUUUUCCCAAAGCUUUAUUACAGAUAAUUGAACGUGAGAAAGUUAUUGUAAAAUUAUUAGUUCCUAAUAACUUAGUACUAAAUCAUAAUAUCCAUGAAUCAGAAUAUUUGUCUUAUGAUAUUUUAGAAUUUUUUUUCCCCCAUAAUCUAAGUGCAAAUUACUACAUUUUGAAACGAGAAAAUUCUAAUGUAAUAUUAAUCAAUACAAAUGAUAAUUCACAAUUAUUUCCAAUGCACAUUAGACAAUAUUUGGAAAAAUUAUACACAACGGCGUAUCAUAAAAUUUUAAAAACAGCUGACGAAAAUAGUAUCGUAUUUUUUCACAACUUAGUAGAGCAUAAAAAAUCGAGAUUUGAAUCUCAGUUAAACAUUUUAAACAACUGUGAAGAAGAUAAAGGUCAACUGAAUAAUAAUUGGUGGAAAGAAUUUGAUUUAUCAUUAGUGCCAUAUUAUCCAUGUUUAGCAAAUUUAUCUGAAACUAAUAAUAGAAAUUAUUGUGUAUCAAAUAAUACUAAUAUCUAUUACAAACAUCUACUUGACAUCACUUCAAAAGCAAUAAACAAUUAUUCACAAUCAAUUCUGUCUUCAUCAGGCACAAAUAUAAGAUCAUUAAUUUUAAAAUAUGCAAGUUUUCAAACAGUAGCUGAAAUUCUAACAGAAGAACGAGAAUAUAGACUUACAUUAAAAAAUCCACUAAUUAAAAAUAAAAUAUUUCAGGAUAUUUCUUUAAAUAUAAAUGAUCCUGCAUUUCAAUUAACAUUUAUAGCUAAAGACGACAUAAAUCUGUUUAAAAGAAUAAUCUAUUCUUUAAGAGAAAAGACUGAUUUUAAUUUUACAUUAGUUACUAGUAGUCUUUCGAUGAUAACAAAAUUAAAAUCCAAUUCUUACAAAAGCAUUGGUACUAUUGGUGCAAAUAGUUCUCGAUUAAUUUUCAUAAACACUUUAAAUAAUCGAAGUGAUACUGGAUAUGGUUAUAAGUUUACUUUUUUAUCUGAAAAUAUAAAAGAAAUUGCACAAUUAAGAACUGGCUAUGAAUUAAAAGAUCAAAGAUUAUUUACCCAAGGAUACAAGGAAAAAGAAAAGAAAAUGUAUAUUGCAUUAAGUAACAUAACUUUUCAAAUUGAACCUGAUCAUAUUAUGUAUGAAAUUAAUAAUCAAUUUUGGAGGAGACCAACAAGAUAUAUAUUUUCCGGAAUAACGAUUCUAGCUGAUGAUUAUAAUGAGAAUUGUUCGGAUAAUAAGUAUUUUGAAAUGUGGAAAAAUUAUAAUAUUUGCCGAAGACGACAGCGUUUUAAUGCGAAAUCUAUCUAUUUAGAAUACGCUGUAAAAUUUAUUCAGAAAGAUACAAGUUUUUCUGAAGAACAGAUACGCCAUAUGCUUGAAAAAUAUACGUUUUCAGAUAAUACAACUCUAAUGCGUUUUGUCAAUGAUUUGCUAAAUGACAAUUCUUUUAAAGAACCUAUUUGGAGUAAAAACUAUAUAAUAGAAAAUCCAGCUCUCUUAAAUGAAUUAAGAUUUAAUUUACGUUUUGAGGAACAUACUACUAUAUCAGAAUAUGAUGCUGAAUUUAGAAUCAAUUAUCUUUACACAAAAGCAGAAAGAUAUCGAAUUGAAGAAGAAACAUCGAUAAAAAAUAUAGUUAAAGAAUACAAUGAAAAGAAAUCAUAUUUUUCGGUUUCAUUUCAUGAUUACUAUGCAAUUCGAAAUUAUGCUACAACAGGAUAUAAAAGAAUAACAUGUGGUAGCCAUGAAGCAAAACUUAUGAAAAUGGCUUUAUAUAAAUUAGCAAUAAGACAGUCCGACGACGAUCCAUAUGAGGAAAUUUAUUUAAAAUUAUUUAGAAUUGAGACUAAACCAAUUACAAUUCGUCGAAUUAUGUCAACUAAAAUGAAUAUCACUCUUCAAAAAUUUACACAAGCUUCUUCUAGUGUGGACUCGGUUACAAGAUUUGCUGGUUAUCCACAAACUGGAUAUAUAAACAUUCUUUAUGAAAUGAUAUUUAAUGGAUCAUAUCCAAGGAUAAAAAUAGAACAAUUUUAUAACAAAAAAGAAAAGAAUGUAAUUCUUUUACCAGGAAGUGAAUUUUUCAUUGAAGACAGUACAAUGCUGCAACUUGGAGGAUUGGGCAAUGUUUUAAAACUGAAAUUAAUCUUUAAAGAUAAUUUUAAUGAUAAAUAUGUUUGGUAUAGAAAUAUCAUGAAUGAAAUUGCACAUAUCAAGUUCUAAACAUUUCUCUAAUGAAUUUCAGAAAACAAGUGGGACAAUUAACUAAAAUAUUAAUAAAUCUCCAUCUUCUUGAAUAAAGGAAACAUAAGUUGGAUAAGGAUGUAAAGCAAUUUUUUUUAUUGUUUUUAUUAUUUGCGCAAAAAAUCUUUUUUUAAUAAAAUUGAGCUUUGGAACUAAGAGACAUAUGUAGACACAAAAAUAAA